AUGCUUAACAUGAGCAUUUUGGUUACCGUCUGCUAUCCGCUACACCUGGCUUUGGCACUUUUUCGCAACAGCUCACUUGCUGGUGAUAUCAAAAAUCUAGCUGUGUGUGUCACCUGUAUCGCUUGCAGCUUGAAAUUUGUCAUCUAUACGCGGAAGUUACGGAUUGUGCGCGCGAUUGAGCAAACCUUUGCGGCAUUGGAUGCUCGAGUGCAGAGCGAGUUGGAACGCAAAUACUAUUUUACUACUAUGCGCAGGAGCGUACGAAAUAUUUUGUACCUCUUUUUGUGUCUCUAUGCUGCGGUCGGUGUGACGGCUGAGUUGGCGUUCCUGUUGCGCGAGGAGCGCAGUCUGCUGUAUCCGGCUCGGUUUCCGUUCGAUUGGCGCGCAUCCAAACGAAAUUUCUUCGCGGCGAAUAUAUAUCAAAUUGUUGGUAUAUUCUAUCAGUUGUUGCAAAAUUUUGUUGACGACUCAUUUCCACCCAUAACCAGUUGUCUGCUCGCGGGGCAUAUAAAGUUACUGGGCAUGCGAAUUGCGCGUAUUGGUUAUGACGCUGCCGACGUGGAAGAGCAUGAAAAGGAACUGGUGCAGUGCAUUAAGGACCAGAAAAAUCUUUACAGGCUAUUCGAUUUACUGCAAGAAGUGAUCUCUUUGCCGAUGCUGAUUCAGUUCACCGUAACAGCUUUUAACAUUUGUGUAGCCAUGAUUGUACUACUGUUCUACAUAGAUACGCCGCUCGAGCGGCUCUACUAUCUGACCUACUUCCUGGCUAUGCCACUUCAAAUCUUUCCCAUCUGCUAUUAUGGCAGCAGCUUGCAGCAACUUUUCGGUCAGCUGCAGUACGAAGUAUUUCGAUGUAAUUGGCCCGAUCAAACACGACGCUUUAAGAGAGAAAUGAUUUUAUUUACCGAACGUGCGUUGAAGGAAACCACCGCUAUGGCUGGUGGCAUGAUAAGAAUACAUCUUGAUACCUUUUUCUCGACUCUAAAGGGUGCAUAUUCGCUUUUCGCUGUAAUUAUGAAAGCGAAGUAA